GGUGUUCAUUUCACUUCAGGCUCUUUUGGAAAGUGAUUACCCGGGAGAGAUUUGGUUACACGUUUGGCUCCAGCAAAGGAAACAUUGGUCGCUGGGGCAGCGAGAAGCUUGGCAGGGCUUUCUUUUUUUCAUGCGUUUUGGGUUUCUGUACUAGAAUUGGUCUGCCUCUGGCCUGAUGGCUGAACUUUGGAGUCACUUUAUUUUGUUUUCUGCCCUUGCUUGCUUCUCAAGUGGAACGGCCUCACUCUCCUCAAGCCAUGAAGACAUGGACUGCAAGAGCCGCUGCCUCAUUAACUGCUCUGAGGGACACUACUAUGCAUCUGGCAAUUGCCUGGAGUGCCCAGUUGGAUUCUUCUGCUCCGGAGGUCAGAUGGCUCCACAGUGGUGUCCGGUAGGAACAUACAAUCAACACACAGCUCAGGCAGAGAUCACUUCCUGCCAGGCCUGUCCAGAUGGUUAUAUCAGCUUGGAAAGUAGAGCUGGAUGCCGGGCAUGUCCAGACGGCUACUCGUGUGAUCCACAAAGGGGUCUGCAGAGACAUUGCCUCCCUGGACAGUAUUCACCCGAAGGAGAGAUGGAGUGUCAGGAAUGUCCCAAAGGUUAUGUCUGCCCAAAUGGGCAGGAGAGAUGGCAUUGCCUCGGUGGCCAGGAGCCCAACCCCAGCAGUACAUUUUGUGUAACCUGUUUUCCUGGUUUUUUCUCUACCGAGGGGACUUCUGAAUGCCAGCUAUGCCCAGCAGGUCACUUCCGUGCUGAUGGGCUCAUGACAGCACCAUGCCCAGCAGGAAGCUUUGAGUCCAGAGAGCGUUUUGCAAGGCCCAGCGAUGGUUCAUCUUCAUACUUUCCAGGAGCAAAACAGUGUCUGAAGUGCCCUGCUGGAUAUUUCUGCCCUAAUGGAACAAGUUACCCGAAUCCAUGUCCCUCGGGGACCUACAAUCCACUCCAGGGACAAGAUGAAUCUACAGACUGCAGAACGUGUCCUGCAGGGAGAGUUUGCACCCAAGCUGGCUUGGCCAUGCCAGACUCAGACUGCAUGCCAGGAUAUGUUUGCCCGUUUGGUUCAUCCAGUCCACACGCCCCUAGCAAUGCUUGCCCUCCAGGGACAUUCAGCAACCACUCUGAUCUCUUUGAUAAAUCCCAGUGUGAAACCUGCCCAGAGAGAUUUGUCUGUACAAGAGGCUCAGGGGGGAAGCAGAAACCACCUGCCCCAUGUCCAGCUGGUCACUACUGCCCACCAGGAACCAAGCACCCAAUGCAGUACAGCUGUGCACCUGGCACCUGGAGCAACAGGACAGGACUAGCAUCAGAAAAAGACUGUGUGCUGUGUCCAUCUGGAUGGUUCUGCAUGGCAGGUGCUCAGGCCCCUUCAGGAAGUUGCAGUGCAGGUCAUUUCUGCCCAGAGGGUACUCAGACAAGUACACAGUUCCCUUGCCCAGCAGGAAGCUAUAGCAAUAGGCUUGGAAAUGAUAACAUAGAUGAUUGCAUUGCCUGUCCCAGUGGUGCCUACUGCCCUGAAGGAACCGCCAAGCCAGCUCUCUGCCCACCGGGAACAUACUGUUCAGAGCAAGGAGCAAAAUCUACUGGAGAUUGCAUUCCCUGCCCUGGGGGGUACCACUGCCCUGACAUGGGCACCAUCACCCCUCACAUAUGUGGUGCUGGCAAUUUUUCAGAACCUGGGUCCAUGUCCUGCUCACCCUGCCUUGUUGGGCACUACUGCUCAGACAUGAACACCAGCAGGGAGGCCAUGGUGCAUAUGAUGGUCUGCCCAGCAGGUAUGCUUUGCCCUGAAGGACUGGCAGCUGCUCCAAAUGUCAGUGGCCACGCCUGCCCAAGAGGCUACUAUUGCCCACAGGGGGAUGUCCAUUCGCGUGCUAGGCCAUGCCCUAAUGGGACAUAUGGUGGUCAAAGGGGGCUGGGCAGAGCUGAGCAAUGCUUGUUGUGCCCCAUGGGCAAGUACUGCUUCAGAGAAGGGCGAGAACCCCAAGGAAUAUCUCAGCCUACUGGAGAUUGCCCCACUGGAUACGCCUGUCCCCCAGGGACAGGCUCCCCCUUCUCUUUUCCGUGUCUGCCUGGCUCCUACUGGGAUAAUUCCACGAUGGAUGGAGGAGAUACAUGCAAACCAUGUCCAGCUGGAUUCUAUUGUGACUCUGUUGCAAUGACCCAACCUAAAAUAUGUCCACUGGUAAGUUGUUGGCAAAGAAAGGAAUGUUGGGUAAUUGUUAUCAGACAAAUGGGACCGUCCACAAAAAGUUGCUUUGUGGAAUCCUUGGGUGUUAUCUGCAAGAUGGUGUCAUUCUGCAAAAGCAAAUAG